AUGGAGUUGGACCUGGAGCUCGACUUGGACUUGGACCUGGACCUGGAAUGGGUGCGGGAAAGAGCAGCCGCAUCCACAUGCAUUAAGAUAAACAUUAGCAACUGCAAAUCGAAUCAUCCGGCUGCUCGCAGCGGUGGCAACGGUGGCAGUGGCAACAGUGGACUACUCCUGGUGCCCUCACACACACAUCAUAAUCUGCAGCUCGAUAAAAUAUCCGUGCGCUCGAUUAGUUCCGAGGAUAUAUCCAAUGGCGGCAGCGGCAGAUGCUGCAGUGCCGCUGCACGAAAUCCGGCUAUAAAAACCGGACGACGUUUGCAACUAAUGCAGAUGAUAAUUCUACCAUUUAUACCAAUAUUGGCAUUGAUUGUGCAAACAUCGCUAACACUGCAGGAGAUACUGGAGUACAGGGCCGAUGUGGCCGACAUUGAGACGCAGGUGACGAUUGCAACGGACUUGGGCAAAGUUGUCACACGACUGCAGCUAGAACGUUCCGAGGUGGCCUUCUAUAUCUUUACCAAUGGCAGCAAGCAGCGUGCCAAUCUGACACAGCGCUUUGCCAACACGGAUUAUGCGCUGAACAACAUGACCACUUGGAGCGAGAUUAGUGUGCCGACAGCGCCAGAUGAGGAUGAGGAUGAUAGAGAGGUUAUGUUGAAUCGCAACGAGUUUCAGAGUCGUCUAAAUGAAUUUAGAGAGCGUGUGCGCUUAGAGCCCGAGGACAGUUCCAUAACGGAAGUCAUGAAUUGGUAUACAUCCAUUAAUCGCGGCCUGCUGCAUCAUCUGAAUGAACAGAUUAAGGAAACGGACAACAGCGGUGUCUGGCGCUAUCUGGUUGGUUUUAAGAAUCUACUGAAGAGCAUUGAGUGCCAAAACAUUGCCACAUCCUUUGGCAUACGAUACUAUGGACGCGGCCCUCUGACUGCUGAGAACUUUGUGUCCUAUGUGCGUUACGAGUUCAUGGCCCGCGAAAUGAUCAACUCCACAUUGAACUAUGCCCCCAUGCUAAAGCCUAUGUACACUAACAUCACCAAUACCAAGAAGUUUCAUCGUGUUAAGCUCAUGAGCAAUAUGGUGCUUAAGAACAAGCCCAAUAUUUCGGAUGAACGUAGCGCCAUUGAAUAUAAUGAAUUUAUGCAUAAUUACACGGAUGACUUGAGAAUUUUACAAAAAGCACUGAGACGUCUAAUUAAGGAGUACGUGGACAAAACGCUCGUUGAGGCAGACCGCAAGGAGGCAAUUGGCAUAGCCAUACUUGUUGUUGUACUUUUAGUGUCUCCAAUUAUAAUCAUACUAGUCAAGAAUGCCGCUGCAACUAUACAGCUAUACGCCAUGAAUCUGUCCCUGAAAGCGAAAGAACUGAAGCGUGAGAAGCGCAAAAGUGACUCGCUGCUCUUCCAGAUGCUGCCACCCUGUGUGGCAAUGCAAUUGAAGCAGACUCAACAGGUGCCCGCCGAGCUAUACGAGGCUGUGACCGUUUAUUUCAGCGACAUUGUUGGCUUCACCGAAAUCGCGGCCGAGUGCACCCCGCUGGAGGUGGUGACCUUUCUCAAUUCAAUCUAUCGCGUGUUUGACGAACGCAUCGAAUGCUACGAUGUGUAUAAGGUGGAAACCAUUGGGGACUCCUAUAUGGUUGCCUCUGGCCUGCCAGUGAAAAACGGCAACAAGCACAUCAGCGAGAUUGCAACCAUGGCCCUUGAUUUGUUGGACGCCUCGACCGUAUUCCGAAUUCCCCGCGCCGGCGACGAGUUUAUCCAGAUACGCUGUGGUGUGCACACUGGACCCGUUGUGGCCGGCAUUGUUGGCACUAAAAUGCCACGUUAUUGUCUAUUUGGUGACACGGUAAACACUGCGUCACGCAUGGAGAGCACGGGCGAAGCACUAAAGAUACAUAUCACCGAGGAAAUGCACGAGGCGUUGCAACAGGUGGGCGGAUUUAAGACCGAGCAUCGUGGCCUCAUUGAUGUCAAGGGCAAGGGACUCAUGAGCACCUAUUGGCUGACCUGCAAAGAUGGCCCGGUCCGUGUGCGUGAGGAGAUAUCCUGGUGUGCCGACAUGCAGCCUGUUUUCUUGGAUCAUCUGAAGCUGCAUCCACCCACAAACUACAAGCUGCCAAAACGAAAAUAGGGCCAAAAGCUUCAAACUACAAGCAUCAAUUUCCAAAUGAGCAAAUUACUAUUGUUAUUCCCACUCUAGAUGUAUAUGAAUAAUCGUUUGUAUGUGUAUGUGACUAUGUUAUGUAUGUGUCUUUGUGCUAUUUCUAUCCACAUAUAUUAUUGUCUGUGUGUUCCACUUAUUCGAUCACGCCCAGUGGGCGUAAUUAGCCCAACCAUGUAAUCUGCUGCAUGGACAAAAAUACAUUGCUUAACGAAUCUGUAACUAUAUAUAACAACCCUCUCCCGAACUGUUCCAAAAACCUCUGACGAAUUUUAAUCUUGCUAAAUUUAAUCGAGAAAAUUUCUGAGCUAGUUGCUCUAAUAAAUGUUAAACUCAAUCCAAGUAUGCUAACCAUGAAUAGUCGCAAGUUUUUGUGUUUCUGGCUAUUUCUUCAGUUUGUAUCUAUUGUGUACGGAGCUCGGGGCACCUUUGGUAAACCCACUGAUGAUAAGUUUCAGAUGUUGAUUGCCGGUGGCAUAAUACCGGAUAAUGCCAAAUUUGUGAGGAAUUUGGUAUCGAUUCGGACGAUGGAAUUCAUUGAAUACGCUGGUGACAAUCAUUUCUGCACAGGCGUUAUUAUCAGCAGUAAGACAAUUCUUACGGCGGCUCAUUGUGUUACGGAUAGUCACAAUUCGGUUAUGCAUCCACGUGGAUUGCUGAUUGUCUUUGGGAACUUGUUCCGACUCGGAAAGUACGAAAGAAGUGACACCCGACGUGUUGAAAAAA